UUAUGUCUUUUUCCGAUAAGAUUUUUCAUUUUCUCAGCAACCAAACAAAAUCCAUCUCUCCAGAAUAUUCGCAUACUAUUUUACUUUCCUUUCUUCAUCACCAAAAUUAUACAGAAAAAAAAAAUGUUCACUGACCAUCCCUAAUUCCGCCGGAAUCUGACGUCAUCAUAUGGCUACUCUUUUGCCGUCACCGGACAUUUCCUCUUUUUCCGCCGGCCGCAUACACUCUGCAAAUGUAAAGAAACUGGUUCUUCGAAGAAGAGUUGUUAAGGUCUGUUCGAGUGUGAAGGAUUUGGAAGAUGUUGGAUUGUUGUACGGACAAUUUUCUGCUCCGCUGAAGCUUAAUACGAUGUCGUCUACGAAACUUGACAAGGAAGAAGAGCAGAAGAGGAACUACUAUCUGAAUACGGGUUCUGCUAUUCGGAUUCUCAGAGAAGAGUUUCCGGCUCUCUUUUAUAAGGAGCUCAACUUUGAUAUCUACAGGGAUGAUAUAGUCUUCAAAGAUCCCCUCAACACCUUUACUGGCAUUGAGAAUUAUAAAUCGAUCUUCUGGGCUUUACGAUUUCAUGGCAGGAUAUUCUUCAGAGCUUUGUGGAUAGAUAUUGUUAGUGUAUGGCAGCCUGUGGAAGGCAUGAUCAUGAUUCGAUGGACUGUUCAUGGAAUUCCACGUGUUCCAUGGGAGAGCCGUGGUCGAUUUGAUGGUACUUCAGAGUAUAAACUAGACAAAGAUGGGAAGAUUUAUGAGCACCGCGUUCACAACAUUGCACUGAAGGGACCCCCAAAAUUCCAUGUACUUGCUGUACAGGAAUUAAUUGGAUAUAUUAGCCGUCCCUCCACGCCAAAGCCGACUUUCUUUAAGAUCUCAUUCCCUUACUUGGUUAACACAAUGCCAGUGGCGAAAUUUGCAGAUUCAGACAUCGCCUUUGUUCAAUUUUCAGCCUCUGUUAAAGAGAGGUGAAGAGGAACAAUCGCAGCAAGAAUAGCAUUAUGACAAAGUGCUAUAAGUUUUGAUCAAUCCUCGCGGUGGGUUGCAAACUUGCCAUCAGAACUAUAGGUAAUUAUUCAUAUACAUUAUAUAUACAACUUUCAGGAUCAACUCAACUUAUCUGGAGUUUGUUCUCGUCUUUCUGGUCUUUAUUUAUCUGUGCUUUGUUCUUCAUUUGAACUCCAGCUACUAGUUUGAGUUAGAAAAUUUUACAGAUGUAUAUUUUUGUAUAGUAUAUCUUACUACUGAGUUUGCAGUUAUUAUUUGGAUAAUGAAAUAUUUCCCUACAUAGAAGUUGGUGAUAUCCAACUCAUAAAAUAGUUUUGGAGAAUUUAUAGUUCUGCUAUUUGUUUUCUAAGUUGUCCCAUCAGACAUAUUACCCUGUGGUUGAGGAAGUGUUGAUCCACUUCAUUUUUUGUAGAUUUUAUUUCAUUGGUAAGUAGGUUGAGCUUGAAGAUUAUAAAAGUAGGGAGGUUGGACUAUAUUUUGUUGAAAUUGAAAAAAAAAAUGUAUUGGAAGAAGUUAAAAGUAGUUAGAAUUUGAAGUUAUGUUUAGAUUUGAA